AUGGGUUUGAUAGACACCAUCAAAAACGAAAAUCAGGCAUCAAAUCAAGACAGGGCUAAGGCCAUGACAUUUCUCCGUCACCAUCUUGGUGAUGGUUUGAAAAUGGAAUACCUCACAAUUAAGGAUCCACUUAUAUUGUUGAAUAAUUUAAAAGAAAGAUACGACCACCUGAAGAUGGUCGUCCUUCCACAGACACAUUAUGUGUGGACUCAUUUGAGGUUACGGGACUUUAAAAAUAUAACUGAUUAUAAUUCUGCGAUGUUUAGAAUUAAACCGCAGUUGAAUUUAUGCGGAGAAAAUAUAGCUGAUCACGACAUGUCAGAGAAAACAUUCUUUACUUUUUUCGCCUUGAGUAUGCUCCUACAACAGAAAUAUCGAGAAAUGGGAUUCAAGAAAUACUCUGAAUUAAUUUCUUAUGUUCUUGUUGCUGAACAACAUAAUGAUCUUUUAAUGAGAAAUCAUGAAAUACGACCUCCUGGUACUGUUCCAUUCCCUGAAGUGAAUGCUGCACAUUUUCACCAAAUUAGGCGUGAAAAAAGACUUGACCCCAGUCGUGGUCGUGGUCGUGGAAGAGGUAGAUAUUUUAAUCAGGAUGAUCGCCUUGUAAUAAAUAAUGAGCCUCAGCACUAG